AUGCCGCACUUUGAGCUACCUGCUGCCGACCUCUUCAAGUUCCCUCCCUCCAACGAUCCGAUGACACUUGCACCUCCUUCAAUUCCUACCUCGACGUACCAGUCCGCUCUAGACAUUCGCGUUCCUGUCACAAUUGCCAUCAUAUACGCAAUUACGGUCACCUUCCUCAAUUCCUACAACAGAUCCAAUAACUUCAAAGCAUGGCCAAUAUCACAAACAAAAACGUUCUUUGCUUUCGUUGUCCUACACAAUGUCUUGCUUGCCCUCUAUUCAGGCUGGACAUUUAUCGGAAUGCUUCGAGCUUUGCUCAACAUCUUCUCCAAUCCUUUUGGCCCCUCCGGCCUUUCGGGAACAGUCGAUAGUCUCUGCAAAAUCCAUGGCACAGCUGGCAUGUCCAAUGCUAUCACCUACAACUCAACUCUCUCGCAAUGGACCUCCACCUCACCCAAUAUUACGGACAUUCAUACACCAUCCUUCACUGACAUAGGACGUUUCUGGAACGAGGGGCUUGCAUUCUAUGGCUGGUUCUUUUACCUCUCCAAGUUCUACGAAGUCCUGGACACUCUCAUCAUCCUCGCAAAAGGCAAGCGAUCCUCGACACUCCAAACUUACCACCACGCGGGAGCAAUGCUAUGCAUGUGGGCCGGAAUCCGCUACAUGUCCCCUCCCAUCUGGAUGUUCGUCUUCGUCAACUCCUUCAUCCACACUCUCAUGUAUACGUACUAUACGUUGACAGCCUUCGCCGUCCCGGUCCCGAUGGCUAUCAAGCGGAGUCUCACUACCAUCCAGAUCAUCCAGUUCCUCGUUGGCUCCAGCUACGCUGCCCUCCAUUCCUUCGUCGGAUACACGAUCCCCGUCUCUGUUCCCAUCACUGAGGUUGUCACGAGUACCGUCGUGCCUGCCGCUACCGGCGUCUCUUCCUCCCUCGCUGCUUUCGCAACUGCCGCUGGUCUAGGUGGUUUAUUCAACAAAGUCCUAGGUCUAGAUGUUCUUCGCACUCCAGAACACGAAUCCAACACCGUAACCAGGUGGCAGAUAGUGCAGAAAGAUGUCUCUUGCAUUGAUACCUCUGGUCAAACCUUUGCCAUUUGGUUGAAUGUACUAUAUCUAGCGCCGCUCACGUUCUUGUUUGUUAGAUUUUUCAUCAAGUCGUAUCUUAAGCAUGCUAGAAAUAUGCGUUAA